CACGAGGAAUUAUUAUUUAACGCUUAAUUCACUUUCAUUUUCAUUUUUUGUGCUGACUAACUGCGACUUCUCGUUGUUUCGUCGAUAACUGGAUUUCAUCUUCUCUUUUCAAACUAAACCCCACGUUACCCAGUGGGAUAAGACAUUAAACGAGUUUUUCUGCAAACAGGUUCAAUAAAGUUUUGCAAUAACAUAAAUCGAAACGACUAAUCUGCAAAAAUGACUUCCUUAGACAUGAGCCCCGCGUCUAAGAAACAGGUGGAUGGAUUCUCCCAAAAAAUCACCAAAGAGGCUGAACAGUUGAUCUCAAAAGUCUUCCCUGAGAAAAUUGCAGUGAUGGACAACAUAUUACAGGGUUCCUGUAGUCUGAAGGAUCUGUCUGUCAUCAGGGCUCCUCUGGACAUCCCAAUCCCAGACCCUGCCAAAGAGGAGCUUAAGAGGAAGAAGAAAGAGGAGAAAGAGGCCAAAGAGGGAAAGAAGAGUGGAGAGAAAGGAGAAGAUGAGGAUGAAGGUCCUCCCUGUGGUCCCAUCGCCUGCAAUGAGACAGUAGAGAAACUCCUCAAGCUCAUCAAGCCUGAGAUUCAGACUCUAAAGGAGUGUCUUAACACGGUGUCAAUGUGGAUACAGCUUCAGGUCCCCAAAAUUGAAGAUGGGAACAACUUUGGAGUUGCUGUACAGGAAAAAGUUUUUGAACUGCUUACCAACACCCGCACCAAGAUUGAGGGAUUCCAGACACAGAUUUCCAAGUACUACAGCGAGAGGGGAGACGCUGUAGCCAAGGCUUCCAAACAGCCACAUGUGGGAGAUUUCAGGCAGCUUGUCCAUGAACUGGAUCAGCAUCAGUACUGUGAGUUACGCAUCGUAGCCCUGGAGAUUCGCAACACUUAUGCCAUGCUGUAUGAUGUCAUCAUCAAGAAUUUUGACAAGAUUAAGAAGCCCAGAGGGGACUUAUCUUCAAAAGCGCUUAUCUACUGAGAGCCGCAGCCAAUCUGCACUGCAAAGACACACAAACACACACAUUUGCUGAAAAGUAAAACAUGUCGUAUUGAGUUUCACGUCCACAGUCACAAUGCAUUGACUUGAGCUUCAAUUACAUCAACAGAAUCAACUGUACUAGUUUUUACUCAAUAAAGAGUUUAGCUAAA